GCUCCUCUCUGUCGGAUACUAGGGAGUCCAGAGUUUCCAAUGAUGUCUAAAGAAGGAGAUGUAAUCUUUGGAGGAGCAUUUUCCAUCCACAGCGAAAUCACACCGCCUUCACUUUCUUUUACAGAGAAACCAGCAUCUGUCAAAUGUUCAAGCCUAAACCUCAGAGAAUUUCGAUAUACCCAGGUCAUGAUAUUUGCUAUUGAUGAAAUAAAUAGGAGUACAUUUCUUCUCCCAAACAUUUCUAUAGGAUAUAGAAUUUAUGACAAUUGUGGUUCGACGUUAACUUCAAUGUAUGCAGUAAUGGCUCUCCUGAAUGGUGAUGAGAGGACUUUGGAAAAUAAUUGCUCAGGUCAAUCAUCAGUGCUUGCUAUUAUUGGGGAGUCUGAAUCCUCUCAAACCAUUGUGCUGGCACGCAAUACUGGACCAUUUAAGAUACCAGUGAUAAGUCCUUCGGCAACUUGUGAAUGUUUAAGCAGCAGGAAGGAGUACCCCUCUUUCUUCCGAACUAUUGCCAGUGAUCUCUAUCAAAGCCGAGCCCUCGCCCAGCUGGUCAAACAUUUUGGCUGGACUUGGGUUGGGGCAGUCAACAGUGACAAUGACUAUGGCAAUAAUGGCAUUGCUAUCUUUCUUGCUGCAGCCCAAGAGGAGGGCGUGUGUGUGGAGUACACAGAGAAACUUCACAGAGCAGAGCCAGAAAGAUUUCUGAAAGUGGUGGAGGUGAUCAAAAAGAGCACUGCUCGGGUCAUUGUUGCUUUCCUAUCUCAUGUAGAAAUUAACAUCCUCUUUGAACUCUUAAGCCUGCACAAUGUCACAGGUCGGCAAUUCAUUGGUGUGGAGGCCUGGAUCGCAGCCAACAGUCUUAUGACUCCUAAAACCUUUAGUGUGCUAGGAGGGUCACUGGGAUUUGCUGUACCGAAUGCCAAUAUCAGUGGUCAUAAUGAUUUUCUAGCCAGAGGUUUCUGGGAGACUAGUUUUCAGUGCAAUAAACCAAAUAUGACGGGUGUUAUAAACAAUUGUGAGAAAAACCAUGAUCUAAUUAAGCUAAAAGAGUAUAACGAUGAUGUCCCAGAACUGAGAUUUACGCAUAACAUCUACAAAGCAAUCUAUGCUGUUGCCUAUUCUCUACACAGCCUCAUGAAGUGCUCAGACAGUCAGGGGUGUGAAAAAGCCAAAGGGAUUAAUCCAUGGCAGGUCGUGGAGUCUCUGAACGACGUGAACUUCACCAUUAAGAAUGGAGAGCAGUUAUGGUUCGACAGCUCUGGAGCUACCGUAGCCAAGUAUGAGGUGCUAAACUGGCAGCAGGGACCAAAUGGAUCAGUUCUGUUUAAAUCGGUUGGCUACUAUGAUGCUUCCCUACCUCCAGGACAGAGGUUUGUUCUUAAUACAGAGGAUAUAAUGUGGCCUGGAGGAAGCAAGGAUUUACCUAAAUCAGUGUGCAGUGAAAGCUGCCAUCCUGGAACUCAUAAAGUCCUUGAAAAAGGAAAACCUAUCUGCUGCUAUAACUGCGUACCCUGUCCAUUUGGAGAAAUCAGCAACACCACAGAUUCUAUUGACUGCAUAAAGUGUCCUGAGGAAUAUUUGUCCAAUCAGAACAGAGAUGCCUGUGUACUGAAAGAUGUUGAGUUUCUCUCUUUCACUGAGGUCAUGGGCAAAAUACUUGUGUUUUUUACUUUGUUUGGUGUGCUCCUUACCCUGAUAGUGGCCACUCUAUUCCUACUCAAUAAGGACACUCCACUGGUGAGGGCCAACAACUCUGAACUGAGCUUCUUGCUGCUAUUCUCUUUGACUAUGUGCUUCCUGUGCUCUUUGACCUUCAUCGGCAAACCCACUGAAUGGUCCUGCAUGCUGCGACACACAGCAUUUGGCAUCACCUUUGUCCUCUGCAUUUCUUGUAUUCUAGGGAAAACAUUAGUGGUUCUGAUGGCCUUCAGGGCAACACUUCCAGGCAGUAAUGUGAUGAAAUGGUUUGGGCCUGCACAGCAGAGACUCAGUGUUCUUGCUUUAACUUUUGUACAGAUUCUGAUUUGCGUCCUAUGGCUCACAAUAAAUCCUCCUUAUCCCUUUAAAAAUGUGAAAAUCUAUAAGGACAAGAUUAUUCUUGAGUGUGCUCUUGGGUCACCCAUUGGUUUCUGGGCUGUGUUGGGUUACGUCGGCUUCUUGGCUCUAUUAUGCUUUGUAUUUGCUUUUUUGGCCAGAAAACUGCCAGAUAAUUUCAAUGAAGCGAAGUUCAUCACAUUCAGCAUGUUGAUAUUCUGUGCAGUCUGGAUCACCUUUAUUCCAGCUUAUGUCAGCUCUCCUGGGAAAUUCACCGUUGCUGUAGAGAUUUUUGCUAUUUUGGCGUCAAGUUAUGGGAUACUUUUUUGUAUAUUUGCACCAAAAUGCUUUAUUCUUGCACUUAAACCUGAACUAAACACAAAGAAACAUAUAAUGGGAAAAGUACAAUCUUAA